AUGAGUGCCAACUACUCGCUUUUGCGAGCAAGGGAAAGCCAGGAUGAGGAUGUUUCUGAGGUUGAAAAGAGCCCUCACCAGUCGCGGUAUCGACUUCUCUUUGGCAAGCUGGAUCCGCAUCCGCGCCUGUGGCUGAAACUGUGGGCCAUGUGCAACACGAUAUUCAGCAUCUUUCUAGUGAUAGCCGCCUUCAGUCUUAGCUACCAGGCAAGAUCACUGACUGAUAGGCCCGUUCCCCCGCCUUCCCCGCUUCGCGAAGGCGGCGCCGAGCGGUUCAUCAAUACACGGUACAAACCCGAUAAACUGUUCCAAUCUCCUCCCUCGGAUGAGGUAGAUGCAGCAUGGCAUGAUUGGCUAAGAGACCAUGACCGUCUGAUCCGGGUCUCGGGGGGCAAAGUAAAAGAGUUGGGCCUUCCGGAAGCUGUUGAGCUCUAUGCAGAUCCUGGGAAUUAUGCUUACGGGCUAGGUGUUUACCACCAAAUGCAUUGUCUGAGCCGACUGCGGAAGUCGUUCUAUCCUGACCGGUACUAUCCGAAUGCGACUCAGCACGAAAUACUGCAUCACACAAGUCAUUGCUUUGACGUCCUUCGACAAGCUAUUCUUUGCCAUGGGGAUGUUUCUCUGGUAUACUGGUGGAACCAGAACUACACCUACAUCGACGAGACUGGUACGAAGCAGUACACGGAAGAGUUUUUGCAAAGGACACCUCAAGAACGGGCGACAGGAUCAUUCGUAACAUGGGACUCCGAGGUGCAGUGCCGUGACAUGGAUGCCAUCAAUGCCUGGGCGAAGAGAAACGCGGUGAAUGACGAUGAUUAUGGGGGGCAGGUAGUGGACUGA